AUGUCCGCCGAUCUCCAAUGGUUGCUCGUUAGAAAAUGGAACUCUUUCCAAGUUAAAGGUGGACACGGUCCUACUUUCUCCAAAGAGAAGGGAAACCUCCUCAACAAGUCCUCCCACAAAUACUCUGGUCUUGCCAACUCCAAGGUGAUCAACAUCUACGCUAACCCCGAAGGUGGAAUCACCGUCACCAAGGUCAAGGCUGACGCUAAGCCCAACCAAGUCGCUUCCGCCCGAUCUCACGUUGCCCUCCGAAAAUCCACCGGACCCCGACGAGCCAACAAGAUCGCCGCUGCUGAGACCGCCGGUAAAGGUUACCGAGCUGAUCUCAGACAAGUUGCCGUAGCCCGAGCUUCAGCCCUUUCUAGAGCUUCCAAACGAUCUGCCAACCCACCUAAAUCUUUCCCUCCUAAGCAACGAGGAAAGAAGACCCAAUCUUCCGCCUCUGCUUCAAAGAAGGAAGACGAUGUCAUCGAACUCGACUAA